GCACCGCCACGCCACGCCCCCCCACUGGCUCUCACCAAAUCAAAACCAAACCAAAACCCCCACGCACGCGCGCAUGACGCAGAUUUGCCACCGCCCCGCCGCCGCCGCGUCCCAACCGUCGCCGCCUCCACCUCCGCCGCCUUGCCCCUCAUCAGAGAUCACCCCAAUACAUCCGCAAAACCUCGCCGCCAUGGAUUCCUCCGCCGCCACCGCCGCCGUCACCACCACCGACGACGACGCGACGAUGGAGGAAGCGCCCAAGGAGGAUCCACGGACGCGAGCGAGAUGGUACCAGCUGGAGGCGCUGGAGCGGGCGGUGAGCGGGAACACGGUGGUGUUCCUGGAGACGGGCGCCGGGAAGACGCUCAUCGCGGUGAUGCUGCUGCGCGCCUACGCGCACCGCGUGCGCGGCCCCGCUCCUCGGGGUCGCUUCGCCGUCUUCCUCGUCCCCACCGUCGUGCUCGUCGAGCAGCAGGCGCGGGUCGUCGAGCAGCACACCGACCUCCGCGUCUCCAAGUUCUACGGCGCCAUGGGCGUCGACCUCUGGAACGCCGAAACCUGGCGCCGCGCCGUCGCCGGCGCCGAGGUGCUCGUCAUGACGCCGCAGAUCCUCCUCGACAACCUCCGACACAGCUUCUUCCGCCUCCAGGACAUCGCGCUGCUCAUCUUCGACGAGUGCCACCACACCAAGGGAGAUUCCCCGUACGCGCGCAUUCUCAAGGAAUUCUACCACCCCCAACUGAAUACUAGGCCAGAUGACCCUUUGCCGAGGAUAUUUGGGAUGACUGCUUCCCCCGUAUAUUCAAAAACUUUGCAUCGGGCCAGCUAUUCCAAGGAAAUCUCUGAACUGGAGAACCUAUUGAAUUCAAAGGUGUACACUGUUGAGAGUGAAGCAGCUUUAUCAGAAUACAUACCAUUUGCCACUACCAGGAUUGUGCGUUACGACGAUUCUAUCAUUCCGCCCAACUCACAUAACCAUGUUAUGAAUUGUUUGCACAGAUUGGAACAGAAGCAUUUGGAAAUCCUGAAAGGGAACUUUUAUGGCUCGCGUCUGGAAAAUGCGACGCAAAGGAUAUCAAAAUUGCAUCGGACAUUCUUAUAUUGCACUGUUAAUCUAGGAGUAUGGCUGGCUGCAAAGGCUGCCGAGGUACAAUCAAAUAAGGAACAAUUGGUAUCCUUUUGGGGCCAACAAAUAGAUAAAAAUGUUGAAUGCUUUGUUAGAAAAUAUAGUGAAGAAGUAUGCAGAGAGCUCUCAUCUUUUUCAAAGAGAGGUCAUAUCGGUGAAGAUUUUGCAGCCGAUUUGCAUGAUGGGCGAUUGACGUCUAAAGUUCAUUGUCUUAUCCAAUCUCUACUGGAAUACAGGCAUAUGCAAAACUUAAGAUGCAUUGUAUUUGUCGAGAGAGUCAUAACAAGCGUUGUAUUGGAGUCCCUCCUGUCCACUAUCAAUCAAAUGUCUGGGUGGAUUGUUAAAUACAUGGCAGGAGAUAAUUCUGGUUUCGAUCCUCAGAGUAGGAAAAAACAUACAGAAAUUGUUGACUCCUUUCGGAGUGGAAAGGUACAUAUCAUUGUUGCCACACAAGUCUUGGAGGAGGGCCUGGACGUGCCAAGUUGUAAUUUGAUAAUUAGAUUUGAUCCACCGGCAACUGUAUGCAGCUUUAUACAGUCACGUGGUCGAGCUAGGAUGCAAAACUCUGACUAUGUUUUACUUGUUAGAAGGGGAGAUGCCGAAGCCCUUUCUAAGACAGGAAAGUUUCUUGCAAGCGGACAAAUAAUGCGCGAAGAAUCUCUGAGACUGGCAUCUACUAUGUGUCAACCACUUGGAAACACCUUGCAUGGAGAAGAUUUUUUCCGCGUUGAAUCUACUGGAGCUACUGUGACUAUGAAGUCCAGCGUUCAGUUGAUUUAUUUUUUCUGCUCAAAGCUCCCAUCUGAUGAAUAUUUUAAACCUUUGCCGAGAUUUAUUACUAACAAGGCGUUAGGAACAUGCACCCUGCACCUUCCCAAGAGCAGUCCUGUACAGACAGUUAAUACAGAAGGGGCAGUUUGCCUGAAGGCUUGCCAAGAAUUGCACACUAUUGGCGCCCUUACGGAUUCUCUCUUACCAGAAUUAGGUGUUCCAUGGGAAGAAGAACCUGAUAUUGUUGUUGAGAAACAGCAACCCAAGCAGCCUGACUACUUUCCAGAAGAAUUUUUGGGGAAUUGGUUCUCCUUUUCCCAUCUCGGCAUAUAUCAUUGCUACAAGAUUUCACUGGGAGGGUGUUUAAAAACAAUUGCUUCUCCAACUGACAUAAUUUUAGCUGUAAAAUGUGAUUUGGGAUCUGACUUUAUUGCUAAUUCAUUUAAAUUGUCUGGUGCACAAGACUUUAUUAGUGUUUCCAUCAAAUAUGUUGGAAACAUUCAUCUAAACCAAGAACAGGUAAACAGCGCUAGAAGAUUUCAGACAACUAUUCUUUCUUUGCUUAUUAACAAAGACCAUUCUGAGGCCAGCAAUGCUAUUAAACAAUUCCAUGACAUGCAAGAAGCAUCUGUUGGAGUUGUCUACCUAUUACUGCCCUUUGUUUCUGGCAAAGUUGAUUGGUGCAGUAUCAACUUCUCAACCUCACACAUAUAUGAAACUAGUAACAAAGAUACGAGGUGCUGCCACUCUUGUAAAGAAGUAGAUUUACUGCAGACAAAAGAUGGUCCUCUGUGCAGAUGUAUGCUUAAAAAUUCCAUUGUCAGUACCCCUCAUAAUAGCGAAUUGUAUGCUGUUACUGGGUUCCUUGACUUAAGUGGCAAAUCCCUUCUGCAUCUACGUGAUGGAAGUGUCAUCACCUACAUAACCUAUUACAAAACUAGGCAUGGUGUCGAUUUAAACCAUGAAAAUCAAUCUCUGUUGGCUGCCAGUAAACCUCCACAAGCGCGGAACUUCCUCCACAAGUGCCAUUAUAAAGAACAAAAAGAAUCCUGCAGAUCAUAUGCUGUUGAGUUGCCACCUGAGCUCUGCCGAGUUGUCAUGUCACCAGUGUCGGCUAAUACUUUAUACAGCUUCUCGAUUAUUCCGUCUGUAAUGCACCGCAUCCAGUGUAUGCUUCUUUCUGCAAAAUUGAAGGUUCAAUUGGGCCCAAGAAUGCAGCAGUUCAUCAUACCAGCUGUGAAGAUUCUAGAAGCAAUAACAACGAAGGAAUGUCAAGAGGAAUUUUCACAGGAAUCAUUAGAAACUCUUGGGGAUUCUUUCCUCAAGUAUGUCACAACACAACAUCUUUAUAGCAAAUACAAGCUUCAUCAUGAGGGGAUACUAACCAAGAUGAAGAAAAACUUGAUCUCCAAUGCAGCUCUAUGCCAGUUGGCCUGCAACAACAAUCUUGUGGGAUACAUUCAAGGUGAAAAGUUUAACCCAAAAGGUUGGAUCAUUCCAGGGCUUUGUUACGAUGCUUGUAGUAACGGCAAAAUUUUCUGUUUAAGCUCCAAUGAUAUGUACAGUUUGAGGACAUUGUCUCUUAGGAGUAAGAGAAUAGCAGAUACAGUUGAGGCAUUAAUUGGGGCCUACCUCAGUGCUGCUGGUGAGCAGGCAGCGUUUCUUUUCCUAAAAUCAUUAGGAAUGGAUAUAGAAUAUCACAGCAAAAUUCCAAUUGAAAGGGAGAUUGGAAUAAAAUCUGAAGAGUUCAUCAACGUCAAAAGUUUGGAAAUAAUUCUUGGUUAUGACUUCAAGGAUCCUUUAUUGUUGAUGGAAGCAUUGACACAUGGGUCAUACCAGACUGCUGGCACUACUUCAUGCUAUCAGAGACUUGAGUUUCUCGGAGAUGCUGUGUUGGACCAUAUCUUCACUCUAUAUUUCUACAAUCAGUACCCUGAAUGCACUCCAGCAUUGUUAACAGAUCUUAGAUCCGCUUCUGUGAACAACAGUUGCUAUGCGCAUGCUGCUGUUAAAGCAGGACUAAACAAGCACAUUCUUCAUUCGUCUUCGGAACUGCACAGAAAGAUGGCUUACUACCUUGAGAAUUUUGGGCAGACAUUUAGGGGUCCAUCGCAUGGUUGGGAGGCAGGCAUUGGUCUACCCAAGGUUCUCGGGGAUGUUAUCGAGUCAAUAGCUGGUGCGAUUUAUCUUGACAGUCAGUAUGACAAAGAGGUGGUUUGGAGAAGCAUAAAACGGCUAUUGGAGCCUCUUGCUACUCCAGAGACCGUUGCAUGUGACCCGGUGAAAGAGCUGCAGGAAUUUUGUGAUCACAGAUCCUACAGUAUGUCUUACACAAAAACCCAGAAGGAUGGAGUAUCAUCGUUUGUUGCAGAGGUGCAGGUUGAAGGGACUACUUACUCGGCAACUCAAACAGGCCAUGAUAAGUUAGUGGCCAAAAAACUGGCAGCGAAGGCAGUGCUAGCAGAUCUAAAGUCUGCAAUACCAUGAGUCCAUCGGACAUGCAGCGGUAGCCAAUGAUCAGAUAUUACUACUUCCAUGUUUUUACAGUUACUCACGAUGUAUCAGUGGGUCGUAAGUCUUAACUAGCCUGUAGAUAGACCUACUCAAGUUUUCCUGGGAUUCCGCGUGUACUUUACAGAUGUGCAGCAUAGUCUAUGCUUGUGAAAAUUCAGCUUCAUGAAAUCUGGUACGUUUCAUGAUCUGGGAGGCAUCUAUUGGACUGCACAUCUGUAAAGUGUGGGCAUAUGAUCUCAAAACAUGGUGUAGAUACAGACUUUAUUGUAUUUUAACUUUUUUACUUGUACAUUUUACAUUUUCCCUCACUUGGUACAUAAAACGGGUCGUUUUGGUAAUGGAAAUGGAAAUCUUGGUGGA